CAUUUCAAUCCAUCUAAUCGAAAUUUGUAUUUUUAGGUACGAUUUUUACCAAAAACGACGCAAUUCAACAAUAAAUUAUUUUAUCUAAACGAUAUCUAGGGAUUGUUGUGUCGUAACAAUUCAUAAUAUAUAAUAACAUUAAUUAAUAUUUAGAAAAUGCUGCGCCAGCCGCUGUCUCGGGCGCUAGCGCUGACCGCGGCGCCCCGUGUGGCUCCGGUCGCGCGCCGCUACGCCGACCAGGUUCAGAAACAACCGGAAAAGAUCGAAGUAUUCAUUGAUGACAAACCUGUCCAUGUCUUCCCCGGCACCACUAUAUUGCAGGCUGCUGCAGAAGUGGGCGUAGAAAUCCCCCGUUUCUGUUACCAUGAGCGGCUGGCUGUAGCCGGCAACUGCAGAAUGUGCCUCGUAGAAGUAGAGAAGUCCCCAAAGCCAGCGGCAGCUUGCGCCAUGCCGGUCAUGAAGGGCAUGAGGAUCAAAACCAACUCAGACUUGACUAGGAAGGCCCGUGAAGGUGUCAUGGAGUUCCUGCUUGUUAACCAUCCUCUGGAUUGCCCCAUCUGUGAUCAGGGUGGUGAAUGUGAUCUCCAGGAUCAAUCAAUGGCUUUUGGAUCUGAUAAGAGUCGCUUCACUGACAUUCAUUUCUCAGGAAAGAGGGCCGUUGAGGACAAAGAUGUUGGGCCACUCAUCAAAACCAUUAUGACGCGUUGCAUCCACUGCACACGCUGCAUCCGCUUUGCCUCUGAAGUUGCCGGCGUUGAUGACUUCGGCACGACUGGCCGUGGAGGUGACAUGCAGGUCGGCACGUACGUGGAGAAGAUGUUCCUGUCGGAGCUGUCGGGCAACAUCAUCGACCUGUGCCCCGUGGGCGCGCUCACCUCUAAGCCCUACAGCUUCGCGGCCAGGCCCUGGGAGACUCGUAGGAUUGACUCCGUGGACGUGUUGGACCCGCUGGGCAGCAACAUCGUGGUGGCCACACGCACCAAUGAGGUGCUCCGUAUCCUUCCCCGGACCAACGAGGAGAUCAACGAAGAGUGGCUGUCGGACAAGUCGCGCUUCGCGUGCGACGGCCUGAAGCGCCAGCGCCUCGUGACCCCCAUGCUGAAGGACUCGCGCGGCAACCUGACGCCUGUCGAGUGGGAGGACGCUCUAGUGGAGGCCGGCCGCGCGCUCAGGGACUGUCCCGGAGACAAGCUUCUGGUGGUGGCUGGCGCCCUCGCCGACGCGGAAGCCCUGGUGGCGCUGAAGGACCUGGCCAACAAGCUGGGCAGCGAGGCGGCCUGCACCGAGCAGAGCUUCCCCACGGCCGGCGCCGGCAUUGACCUACGCUCCUCCUACCUGCUCAACACUAAGAUCGCCAACGUCGAAGAGGCCGACUUAGUGCUGCUCGUCGGCACAAACGUGCGCUUCGAGGCGCCGCUGCUCAACGCGCGCAUCCGCAAGGCCUUCAUCCACCGCGACACUGACGUCGCCUUCAUCGGGCCCAAGGUCGACCUCACCUACGACUACAUCCACGUCGGCGACGACGCGUCGAUCGUGAAGGAGCUCGCGUCGGGCUCGUCGUCGCACCCGGUGCUGCAGCGGCUCGAGCGGGCGCGGCGCCCCGUCGUCCUGCUCGGCGCCGACCAGCUGGCCGGCGCGGGCGGCGCCGCGCUGCUCGCGCACACGCAGGAGCUGGCCCUCAAGCUGCAGGACAAGCUGCAAGAUAAGGACUGGAAGGUCCUGAACGUGCUUCAAAGGACCGCGUCGCAAGUGGCGGCGCUCGACAUCGGCUAUCAGCCCGGUGUGGACGCAGCUCUCGCCGCCGGACCAAAGGUUGUGUACCUGCUGGGAGCCGACGCAGGGGUCGUCACACGCGAAAAGCUGCCCAAAGAUGCUGUUGUUAUAUAUCAAGGUCACCACGGCGACGCGGGCGCCGAGAUCGCAGACAUCGUGCUCCCCGGCGCCGCGUACACGGAGAAGCGCGCCACCUACGUGAACGCCGAGGGCCGCGCCCAGCAGACGUUACCGGCCGUCACCCCGCCCGGCAAGGCGCACGAGGACUGGAAGAUCAUCAGAGCCUUGUCGGAGGUGGUGGGCGCGCGGCUGCCCUACGACAACCUGGACGAGGUGCGCGCGCGGCUCGGCGAGACCAGCCCCGCGCUGCUCACCUACGGCGACGUGCAGGCUAACAAUUAUUUCGCGCAGGCGCGUGCUCUCAACCAGAGUCUCCAAAUGCCCGUGUCGGGCAAGCUGGACGUGCAGCUCAAGUCGCUGGAAGACUUCUUCAUGACGGACGCCAUCUCGCGCGCCUCCCCCACCAUGGCCAAGUGCGUGCAGGCCGUCAUCAAGCAGAAGUCGUCGCCUUAUUAAACCAGCGAAAGGGUAUUUUUUACUUUAUUAAGUAGAACUUUAGAGCACAUUUUUGAACGGAAAAGGGCAACGUGGAUUGAUAUGCCAGCUAUCUAAAAAAUAUUGGGCGCCACUGUUACGCGUUAUGUCGUAAGUAGAGAGGUUGCAACAAUUGUGUAGUACUGAUGAAAGAAUGUUUUUAAUAUCUAACAAUAUUUAUUAUCAAUAAUAAUCAA